AGGCGGUUCGCUCGAGCACCUGAACUUGGGGGAACCCCGAAUCGAUUUCAUCGGCCUGCCGCCGCCCAGGUGUCCUUGCGCCCACAGACAUGCCGGCCAAGCGCUCUCGCGAUGCCCCCGAGUCCCCAAACAAGCGGCAGAAGGGGAAACAGGCGCGCAUCGACACCUUCUUCUCCUCCCCCCGCACGCCCGCGCACGCCCCCUCGCCCCCGACGGCCACGCACGAGGUCAUAGAAAUCGACAGCUCCGAUGACGCGAAGGAACCCAAAGCAGGGCCUUCCAAGGCGCCUUCUCACGCUUCCCCGCCUACUCCUUUCGUUCGGACCUUCUCGCUCAAGAAUAACCACGCCCCGCCUUCAUAUCCAUCGCUGACUACGGAUUCGCUCUCCUUCGAUGUCGCCCAGGUAUCGGCGCAGUGGACCGCCGGCAGCCCCGUGCCCUAUUCCUUUCUCGCCCAUACGCUCAAAUCGGUCUCCGAGACCAAGUCCCGCAUUGCCAUCACAGAUGCACUCACCAAUUGUCUUCGCGUUGUCGUUCAGCACCACCCGGCCUCCCUUCUCCCGGCCGUCUAUCUUCUGUCGAAUACCGUUGCGCCAUCCUAUGAGUCGGUAGAGCUCGGGCUUGGAACCUCCAUCUCCAAAAGUAUUCAGCAGAUUUCCGGUCUCUCGUCAGCUGCUCUUCGAGAUUUGUACAAUCAGCUAGGCGACGUGGGCGACGUCGCCUUCGCGGCGAAGUCCAAAGUGCGGACACUCAUCCCACACCCACCGCUCCUUGUACCCGGAGUUUACAAGUCGUUAUUGUCUAUCGCCCACUGCAAAGGCCAGGGCGCCGUCAAGGAAAAACAGAAAAUCGUUGAAAAACUACUCAUCGCGUCCAAAGGCGAAGAGACUCGAUUUUUGGCCCGUACCCUGACUCAGAACCUGCGCGUCGGCGCAGUACGGACGACCCUUCUCAUCGCUCUGUCUCGCGCCUUCGUGCUAACUCCUCGGCCGGACGGGCGACCAUCGGGACUGCAUGCUUCAGAGAAAUUACUAGACUCUGUCCGCGCCUUGGGUUCACCACCCAAAAGCCCACAGAAGAAGAAGCGCGCUGACUCGGACGACGAUGCGCGCGAACGGAUGAAGGCCCUUUUCUCGCAAGCGGAGAGCCUAGUCAAACAAGUUUAUGUCCGCCAUCCCUGCUAUGAGGACAUCAUCGAAGCUUUGGUUACGGAAGGACUCGACGGGCUGGAUCAGCAUGUCUCCCUUGCUGUAGGUAUACCCCUCAUGCCGACUUUGGGGUCGCCGAUGAGGUCCCUUGACGAGGUCUAUGACAUCUUGCAAGACCACCCCUUUGCCGCGGAGCUCAAGUAUGAUGGUCAGCGCGCGCAGAUACACGGUCGAAGAGAUGAUGAGGGAAAUACUAGUGUCCGCAUCUUUUCCCGCCAUCUCGAGGACAUGACGACGAAGUAUCCAGAUGUCGUCCACAUGAUCCAGAUUAUGUGCGGUAGAACUACAGGUCCUACAUCCUUCAUCAUAGACUCUGAGAUCGUCGCGCUCGACCCCGAGACCGGGGCGUUGAAGACCUUCCAAGAGCUCUCCAACAGGGCACGUAAAGAUGUCCAGCUGGCGGACGUGCGCGUGGCCGUUGGCGUCUUCGCAUUCGACUUGAUGUUCCUCGACGGGCAGGAGCUCAUAGGCCUGCCGUUCAGAGAGCGACGCGACAAACUGUACUCGCGAUUCCCGGCCUUUGUUCCCGAGGAGAAGGCCAUCGCGCGAUUCUCGCACGUUGAUUGCUGCGAUAGUCAGCUCGGGCGAGAUGCUAUUGAGGGCUUCAUGGUGAAAGCGACGGAGAGCCGAUGCGAGGGGCUGAUGAUCAAGCUUCUCGACAGCUGCGAGUUGGAGGAGCGGGACGCAAAGAAGGCGAAGACGCGGCGCAAGCCGUUCCCAGCCACGUACGAGCCGGAUAAACGCACCGCGGCGUGGUUGAAGCUGAAGAAGGACUACAUCACGGGCUUAGGCGAUUCCUUCGACCUUGUUCCGGUGGGAGCGUGGCACGGGAACGGGCGCAAGGCCAAGUGGUGGUCGCCCAUCCUACUCGCCUUGAAAUCGGAGGACGGCGAGCUUGUGGCCGUCUGCAAGUGCAUGUCCGGCUUUACGGAUGUGUUCUACAAGGCAUUGAAUGACCGCUACCCGUUGACCGAACAAUCAGAGACAUGCUCAAAGCAGCCGCUCUGGGGCGGUGAUUUCGGUGGCUUCAGGCCCGAGGUCUACUUCAAGCCGCACGAAGUAUGGGAGGUUCGCGCUGCUGACAUAACCGUCUCUCCUGUCUCUGUAGCAGCCAAGGGCCUCGUCUCUGACUCGCGGGGCUUGAGCUUGCGUUUCCCGCGUUAUAUCAAGACGCGGGAAGACAAAGGCAUCGAAGAGGCGACAACUGCCAGUCAGGUGGCGCGCAUGUACCAGCAGCAACAGGCGCGCGGGAUAGACGGUGGAGGCAACGACGAGGGAGAUCUGCUGGAUGUUGAUGUUGAUGAGGACAUUGAGGAGCAUUCGGAUUCAGCCGGCGAAGAUGAUUCGACGUGAAUCUGGGAUCUGGUUCCUUCGCACGUGUACAGAUUAGAUCAGAUCUUGCUGUUAUCAGUCGAUAAGAUAACGCAGCUUGUUUCGAACGA